AUGAGCUUCAACACAGGCACGGCAUACGCCGAGUCUGAUGCCGACGACGAGUACGAGCGAGACCUCCACGAGAGCUCCCCAAUAGACGCCACCGACGCCUCCAUCUCGCCCACCGACUCCGAUCCUCCCUCCAACGAACACACCCCUACCACAUACGGCUAUCGAUCGAGCGCCGAUCGCCUGCCCGAGACCAUCAUAUCAGAAUGGAGCGUCGACGAGGUCGCCGACUUCAUCGCAACCAUCGGCCUGCAACAGUACUCGGAUCGAUUCAUUGAAAACGAAAUUGUCGGAGAGGCCCUGGUUGCUCUGCUACACGAUGACCUCAAGUCCAUGGGCAUCACCAGUGUUGGCCACAGACUAACCGUCCUCAAGAGCGUCUACGAUGUCAAGAAGGCACAGGACGUGCCAAUAGAAAAUGAUCACUAUGUGCCAUUAUCUGCCGACGCCGAGGCCCAAUAUGCCACGGCGACGCUGAAAGACAUCAAACAUCUAGUGGAACAGCUGAGGCUACGGGACGAGCGCAUGAACUUGUUCGAGCAGGAUUUUAGGAAACUCGCUGAGGACUUCCGGAGGUUACGGGAAGACAUGCUGCCCGCUCUGCGCCUGGCCAAGGACGCCCAACAACCCUUACCGAACGUGAGCAAUGGGCAACAAUCAUCAUACAGCUAUGACACCACAGUGUCACCUCCGGCCCCGACGCCGUCCACUGUUGGCAGUCAGUCUGCCAGCCUCAAGCGGCAAUACUCGACCAAGCGGAUCGUCCUCGGCACGACGCCAAAGACCACCUCACCCUCGCAUCUACAGACGAGCCACGACCGAAGCAUCGUGGAACAGACACUAGACCCAUCGAGCGCCGCAGAGAGGGCCGUCAUGUCGUCGUCACAUCUGGCCGCCAUGAACGGCUCCAACGGCCCAACCGCAACCUCGCCGUCCUACCCGUCGCCAAAUAUGCCCUCACCCACGUCGCCCCCGAGCAUAGGCGGAACCACCCUUGGCUCCCGAUCUUACCGCGCCGACCAGCCGACCCCCUCCAGCCGAUCCACCUUCCGUGAGAACGAGCACGGCUACGAUCCGCGCGACAAACCCAACGCUGCACCAAGGCGGGGGCAGACGCCGGCCCCCGACACGCCGAGCUCGAGCAACGCAUCGGUCGAGAUAUUCAAGUCGUUCCGGGUGAGCCUGGACGACCCAUGCUACAAGGUCUUACCGGCCGCGCUCAAGAAAUACCAAAUCAACGCACCAUGGGACCAAUAUGCCCUCUAUAUCGUAUACGGGGACCAGGAGCGGUGCCUGGGGCUGGAGGAGAAACCGCUGAUCCUGUUCAAGCAGCUGGACAAGGAGGGCAAGAAGCCAAUGUUCAUGCUGAGGAAGACGAACAACGCCCAGGCCGACGCGGCAGGGGAGGCGCCCGGAAGCGCAGGCCUGGGAUCAGCAGCAUCCACCAGAGGCGGCUACGACCCGCCAGGCGGCAUCAUAUGA